AUGUCUCCUCCGUCACAGUUUUCAUCACUGCCUAAGGACCUCGAAUGGCUCAUCUUAGCCCGCGUGCCGAAACGCUUAUACCCAAUCCUCGCUUGCGUCUCCAAGAACUUACUCUCUCUUGUUCGCUCGCCGGAGAUUCACAAGACCCGCUCUUCCCUUGGCAAAGACUCUGUCUACAUCUGCUUCAUGCACAAGAAUGAUGAUGGCGUGGGCCACACGUCCCAUUGGUUCACUCUCCGCAGAACUAAGAACAACCCGAGUACUGAGGAGAAUCAAUUAGUCUCCGUCGACGAUCUCACGUUUCCUGAUCACGCCGAGCCCAUGCCUUCCAUCAUCGCCUGUGGUCCAGAGAUUUUCUUUAUCUCCGGAUCAUACGUUCCCUCCUCAACCGUAUGGAUCUUUGACUCUCGAACCGACGAGUUUCGUCGAGGACCAAGCAUGAACGUGGAACACUCCUUCAAGUGCGUGGGGUUAGUGGGCAGUAAGAUAUACGUGGUGGGAGGCUAUAGGAACGAUAAGAUUCAUCAAGCUGAAUCAUUCGACCUAAAGACGCAAACUUGGGAGCUAACACCGAGUCCUGACGAAGAAAGGUUGGCUUUUUCGACUGCUAAUGUGUCGUUAGACAGGAAGGUUUGUGGGUUUAUGUAUCUUGCAGCCAUCACUAUUUGCUACGAUCCUAGAGAUGGUUCUUGUGAGGUGUUUGAUUUGCCGAAAGAUAGGUGGUGGGAGACUGGCGUGUGUGUGAUGGACAAUGUGCUUUACGUUUAUUACGCUAGGUUGGGGUUGAUGUGGUACGACACUGAGCUGGGGCUAUGGAGAGUGGUGAAUGGUUUGGAUGAUAUGAAGAAGGUUCGGUCCGUUGCAAUGGGAGAGUACUAUGGGAAGAUGGCGUUUUUAUGGGAAGAUUCUGCUUGUGUUGGUUGUGCAAUGAAGGAGGUUUGGUGUAGGAUGAUUGGUUUGGUUAGGAGUGAAGAAGGAGGGAUCGUUGGGAAUGCAGAACCGGCUCAGCUUAUGGGGAGUGUCCCUAGUGGCUAUAGGUUGCAGCAUUGCCUAUCAGUUUCAGAGUGA